AUAACAGAACAGACACCUCAGGGAAACAAGUUUCAGUCUGAAGCCAACCGCCGUUUUCACUGAACGGAGUUCUCCCGCACCGUUCCUCCGUACAGAAGAUCCCCGUCCGAGCUUCCAAGCGUUCAAGCGAAUUCCAGACAGGGAGUCCUCGGUACCUGGAAUUGCUCUAAGUGGCCGUCCAGGCUCGAUUUUCUGAUCAUGUCAGUCCUUGGGAGCUGGUCGUUUGCGCAGCUUCCUACACUGCAUGGGCUAAAACCGCUUCUUCGGGGUCUGGUGGAUACACGGAUAAGAAAUACUUUACCUGACCCAUUCCCCCUGGAAUUGGAACUUGCCCUUUUCCUAGUACCGAGUGAUAAUCGCGAGAAGACCCGCUUUCCCGGGCCAAGAUACCAUUUCUCGGGUACGUUCUCCAGCGCUCCAGAGCUUCAGGCUUUCCUCGAGACUGAACUCGAGCUUCUCGACUUUUCCAUUGAACCUGACUACAAAGUACAAAUCUAUUGGCAUCAUGUGUGCGGGAUGGAGUACAAAUGGAGGUUGAGAGAGAUCGAAGCGCAGAAACGCGGCGUGCCCCCACCGAAAGGGAUCGAGAGCUUAGCCGGAGAAGACAGUGUGCGAAUCCGAAAAGAACUGGACCGUAAACUCCAAUGCCUCGAGUGAAGAUUCGAUUAUUGGAGCCGAGUGUAGCGGAAUACUUCAUAGCAGCGCAGGGAUCCAGGAAGGAAGAUCCUCAAUGAUUAUGAGCUCGACGCUAUGAUUGGACGUAGGUACUCUGGGAAAUUCCCACAGACUGUGCGAACUCUUCGUGAACCACAAGGAAUGUAUGAUCAUUAGAGGUAUUCUAAUAAACUAUCUGCAUUCCCGAUGUGAAGGCGGUGUUCAUGGAACUGAGCAGGAAAGCGAUGUCACGCCAGUGUUGUAACAAAGCUCGAGGCAAAACCUCAACUACGAAUAGUAGAUCGUACACUUGAAAAGCUUCACCAGUCUGUCGGCAAGAAUCCAAGUCGUUGACUUGCAUCAAGCCCCGUAUGUGGAAAGACCUCGACUACCAUAAUUAUUGUCCCAUGAAACUGAGUACCGUAUUUCUUCUAAUAAACGGGCAUGCCCCUUCAUUUUUCAACCAGCACGCUGAAGCGCGGCCUGUGGCCGCGCUCUUGACUCUCUUUUGCGCUUAGGAGAAAUACCGAAGAUGAAAUGAAUGAGAAGCAUUGUCACAGGCGAUCAUUAGAUGAUCGGUCUGUUUCCCCCAACGUAUGGUUCUAAAUCGAAACACAAUUUA